AUGGAACAGAAUUACCGUUCUCGAAAACAAUCAUUUAUCGAAUGCAAUAUAGAAAUCCUCGAACGGGAAUUUUAUCCGUCGAAAAAGUGGCUAUCGAAGAAUUCGAAUUCCGAGGAACCGUUGGAUUCGAGUGUGGUGGAUAAUGUUUUAAACGACCUGAAAAAUGUCAAUCGAACGCAAAACAAACGAAUCUUUAAUCGUCAAACUAUUCGCCAAGUGCUUGAACAACUUUGCAUUAUUCGCGAUCAAAAGUUUAAGGAUGCAGUGGAAGGUCGAAUUCGCGUGGAUAAAAAACCCGAUCAUGAUGAUAUCAAAUGGAUCGAAACACUUCCCGAGGAAUGGCCGCAAUUAGAAAAUAAUCAAUUCGACAAAGAAAAACUAGAAGAGUACUCCAGGUUGCGAUCGAAUGUUUAUCAAGUACAAAAAGAUUAUAUUGCAAUUAAAGAGAAGCUAGAGUGCUAUAAGGUACUUCAUAAACUGAUGGAACCAUUAAACACGUCGACCAUCCAGCAAAGUCUAAUCACACGUGACUCUCCGGUGGUCAAAGAAAUCGCCAAGAUGAGAAUUUUAAUACCAAAGUUAUUGAGUACGUUGGAACGAAAACAUGAAUUUCUUAAACGAAGUCGUGAAGAAAGAAAAGACGAGUCAAGAACGCAAACAAAUACAAUGGAUGCUAUUAGAAGUUUGUUUAACUGUGAAGAAUAG